GAGAAUAGACUCCCUCCUUUUCUAUAAAAAGACGACUCCACCAUUAUAGUUCUUCAUUCAUUCAUCAAAAAUCAUCAAACAAAUACAAAACUUAAAAAUCCUAAAAAAAAUGGCCGGAGAAGGAGAAGUCAUCGCUUGCCACACCCUCGAAGUCUGGAACGAGAAGAUCAAAGCCGCUAAUGAAUCCCAAAAACUUAUCGUGAUAGACUUCACUGCUACAUGGUGUCCACCUUGUCGUUUCAUUGCACCACACUUUCUAGACAUGGCUAAGAGGUUCCUCAACGUCAUCUUCUUCAAGAUCGAUGUCGACGAAUUGCAAUCCGUUGCUAAAGAAUUCAAAGUCGAGGCAAUGCCGACCUUUCUCUUCAUGAAACAAGGCGAGAUCGUUGAUCGUGUCGUUGGCGCAAGGAAAGAGGAAAUCGAUCAGGCAUUGAUUAAGCAUGGUGGUCUUGUUGCUUCUGCUUGAAAUUUCCAAAAUUUCUAAUCCUUGCUUACAAAGUUUUAAUCUUUUGUUUGCCCUUAUGAAAUAAAGGUGAUUGCAUUAUAUAAACUAUCUCGAUUCGAUUCAACAA